GUUCAAGAGAUACCGAUAACAGUGUGACUCUUGUGUAUGGAAAAUAUAUCACACGUAUCAUUUAUUACGUAGAGGUCGAGCGAUCAACGCUUCGAGCCAAGUUAUAGUGAGCUCUCGAGUAUCAGCAUGGGUGACAUCUUUGGCCGGUCUUGCUUCUGUUUCAAUCACCUUCACAUCACAAUGCUCUUCUUAUACAUGCUUUUCAUUUCUCAGGCUCAUCCUCAUGACUUGAGGGAACGGGUACCAUAUGGAGACCAUCAAUUUCCAAAAAUGGUCACGGAUAACAGGUUCAUCGUGGACAAGACCUCAUGGAUCGGGGAAGCACUUACAGGACCUAGACUGAAGCUGAUUACGCGACCCCGUCGGUUUGGAAAAACCACGAACUUGUCAAUGCUAAGAACCUUCCUGGCCAAGGAUGAAAAGGCUCAUCCGCAUGACUUGAGGGACCGGGUACCAUAUGGAGACGAUGAAUUUCCACGAAUGGUCACGGAUAACAGGUUCAUCGUGGACAAGACCUCAUGGAUCGGGGAGGCACUUACAGGACCUAAACUGAAGCUGAUUACGCGACCCCGUCGGUUUGGAAAAACCACGAACUUGUCAAUGCUAGAAACCUUCUUGACCAAGGAUGAAAAGGCUCAUCCCCAUGACUUGAGGGACCGGGUACCAUAUGGAGACCAUCAUUUUCCACGAAUGGUCACGGAUAACAUGUUCAUCGUGGACAAGACCUCAUGGAUCGGGGAGGCACUUACAGGACCUAAACUGAAGCUGAUUACGCGACCCCGUCGGUUUGGAAAAACCACGAACUUGUCAAUGCUACAAACCUUCCUGACCAAGGAUGAAAAGGCUCAUCCCCAUGACUUGAGGGACCAGGUACCAUUUGGAGAACAUCAAUUUCAAAGAAUGGUCAUGGAUGACAAUAUCAUAGUGGACAAGACCCCAUGGAUCGGGGAAGCACUUACAGGACCUAAACUGAAGCUGAUUACGCGACCCCGUCGGUUUGGAAAAACCACGAACUUAUCGAUGCUGAGAACUUUCCUGACCAAGGAUGAAGAGGCUCAUCCCCAUGACUUGAGGGACCAGGUACCAUUUGGAGAACAUCAAUUUCAAAGAAUGGUCAUGGAUGACAAUAUCAUAGUGGACAAGACCCCAUGGAUCGGGGAAGCACUUACAGGACCUAAACUGAAGCUGAUUACGCGACCCCGUCGGUUUGGAAAAACCACGAACUUGUCAAUGCUAGAAACCUUCCUGACCAAGGAUGAAAAGGUAGAAGCAAUGGACUUUUUUGCAGGUUUUAGUAUCCAGAACGAUACAAAGUUCGAAAAAAUCAGGAUGAAACAUCAGCAUAAGUAUGCUGUUUUUCAUUUUAGUUUGCUGAGUGUCUCCGUCGCCUCUACGGCUUUGGAGUUUGAAAACAACCUCCUUAUAUACCUAAGAGAUGAUCUACUCGAAAUCUUUGUCAAGUACGAUCGGCUUCUUGAACCAAGAGAAAAAGAACGGCUAAAACAUUACUUACGCGAUAAAGACGGAGGCCUUCAAAUAGUUCUGCGUGGAUAUUCCCUAAUGAUAAGGAAACUCCAAGCUAACGGUUACAAAAUAGCUGUUUUAGUCGACGAAUAUGAUGCGCCAUUUCAUCUGGCAAUUGAAAAAGCAAUAUCAGAAACUGCGGAGGGAAAGCCUUUGGUUCUUGGGGAAUUUUAUUCAAGAACUUUGAUUUUCAUGCGACAGUUUUACUCGUUUUUCUUCAAGGAUGGUCUAAAAAUUUCUAUUGAUUGCGGUGUACUAAUUGGGAUUACCUAUGUAGCAAAAUCUAGCAUUUUUUCUGAUCUUUCGGAUUUCAUGGCUUACACCACCCUUGAUGAUUAUAAAUUUGGACCCUACUUCGGUUUUUUGGAUCACGAGGUCCAAUGGCUGAUUGAUUCCUCGGGGACAAACUUAACAUUUGAAGGAUUUGAAGAAUGGUAUGAUGGCUAUCACUAUGCCGGUAAUGUCAUAUUCAACCCGUAUGCUGUUGUGUCAGCAAUUCAUAAUGGUGUGUUUGAUGAUUACUGGGCAGAAUCAGGCUCUCUGAGGAGGAUCAGACACCUUAUUAAGUGUUCAGGCAAGUUCGGUAUGCUAGACCUCUAUUUUCUGCUGAGUGGACGGUCAUUAAGAAAAAAAAUCUACCACGAUUUAAUAUUUGAGGAUCUGAUACAAACGGAAGAGUCUUAUUGGACUCUUAUGACCCAUGUCGGAUAUGUCGAUGCAAAACCGGACAUGCAAUCAUCAGAAAAUUACUACUUAUUGCGAAUUCCGAAUAAGGAAUUAAAAGAAUAUCUAACGAGAAAUUUCAAAAAUGAAUUAGAUGAAACAAAACAGAUUUAUGAUAGGUUCGCUGGCUCUUUUAAUAAUUUAAAUAAUGAUGCCUCUGAUUUUAACAAAAUUAUAUCCGAUCGUUUCAACACCCGCGCGCCUGCAUAUAUGCUUCACGAAAAGGCGAGUUUAGAAACUUUAAUAAACGUUUUCAGAUCUUUAUUCUCCGGUUUUGACUUCGACCACCGUUCGCUGGGCAAUUUCACUCUGAAUGAGACACCAGCCUAUCAGAUCGUAUUCGUCCAAAAAGAAAUUGCACAUGUUUUUAACAUCGCAAAGGUAGACGCCGUGUCUGCUCACAACACUUCUCAUAAUCUUGAACAGUUACUGAACAAACCUCUAAUCAAAGAGAAUUUGACAGUAUCUGAGAAGCUGAAAAUCUCAAAAGCAUUUAAAACCGCGAUCAUGUUCAUAAAGAAAGCAGGGAGAGACGUCGGUUCCGAAGCAUAUUGGACUAUGAUCAAAUCGAUAGGCGGUGAUGGGAUAAAAUUCAUGAUAAAUCACUUUUCCCCCACAUUGGGUGAGUAGCUCAACAGGACUUUUUCAUCCCAAUCGGAAAUUCGACCUUGGUACAAGCUUGGUACAACAUUUUUCACAUUUGAAUAUAGUGGCCAAGCUUAUCUUGCUAUUGUUCCCACAAUGUUAGCAGAACAUUUAUUUUACCUCUGAGACAAGCUUGAGCCUAAAGAUUGUGCUAAUGUUAGGUUUGUAAAACUGCUCCAAGCCUAUCCUCACAAUAUUGCCACAAUAUUGGUAGGACAUUAUUUUACUUCCGAGACAAACUUUGAUAUUCAAUAUUGUGACAAUGUUAUGUUAGUAAAAUUGGUCCAAGCUUGUUCAGCGGAUAUUGUGAUCAUGAUGUUGCCAUAGACUUGUUGUAAAAAUAUUGCAAUAAUAUCGGCAGGACAUUUAUUUUACCUCUGAGACAAGCUUGGAUUUCCAAGAUUGUGGCAAUGUUAGGUCAAUAACAUUAUUCCAAGCUUGUUCUACCAAUAUUGUGAUCAUAACGAUGGCUUAAACUUGUUGUACCAGAAUUGCCUCUAUACUGGUAAAACAUUUGUCUUAUCUCUGAGGCAAGGUAGGUGAUAGAGCGCCGUAAUACCUGCCAUCCUCGCGGAAGUAAUUUCUUGGCGUCGUAUUGGUCGCAAUGCCUAAGGUAGGCACACGGAACAUAGGGGUGCCGAGGAACUUACCUAAGCCAGCUACUUCCUUAUCUGUUUUCACUGGCUUAAGCACUUUAAUUGCAUCCCACAACGGGCACUGCCCAGGCGAAAUGAGAACCAGCCCCACUGACGGGGCGGUCGCGCGCGGACCGUUGCCAAGAGGCUCCAUUUGAGCCCUUGGCCUAUGAAUAUCGGUAAGAUGGGUAAGGUGCCUAUGGAUCAUGUGCCUAUUACGUCAAAAAGCAAAAGGUCGUAGAUUUUGCCCUUUAAUUUGCCCUUAAAGGGACCGCAACGGCAGAUCCGCGGCGAGCGCGCCCUGGUGGCGGAAAUAGCAGACGCGGUCGAAUUUUGCUCGCCGCGCACAGUAUUGUGUUACUCUUAUGACAAUAUUAGAAACAGAAGCCUAAAAUGUUUAUUUUCUUAAUACUGUAGCGAUGAUAAAAUGCGAAUAUUACUACAAUAUGAAAAAUAAUGUUAGGAUAAUAUUAUUUUAGGAAUAUUGUUUGCCCAAUAUUGCGCCAAUACUAAGGCAAUAUUGCAGACAGAAGCCUUUAAUGGUUAUUUUCUCAAUCUUGUAACAAUGUUAAAGUGCGAAUAUUACCAGAAUGUUGUAAAAAUAAUGUUAGCAUAAUAUCAAUUCAGCAGUUUUAGAUAUCCAAAAUUGUGUCAAUAUUAUGACAACAUUACGAACAGAAGCCUGUAAUGUUCGUUGUUCUAACGUUAUUUGAAUGUUAACAUAAACAUUACCACAGUAUAACAGAGAUAACAUCGUCUCAAUAUUAUUUAACCCUAGUCUGCCUGGGCCUCUGAACCAACGAGAAAGCCUGAGCGGGGUCAAUUUGACCCCAGCUGAAAGUCAAUUAGUUAGCUAUGUUUUUUUU